AUGAAACUCUUUUCCAAACUCGAAACCUUUUUCCAUCACGGCCACAGCAACAAAGAUGCUAGCCGCAACAACUCUCCCCAAAGAAGACGAGGCGAGGCAGCUCCUUCCCCAGAACAAAGUCCAGCUCGUCCAGCAUUGAUGAUGGAGACAGAUGACAUCAAUGAAUGGUAUCAAGCCAUGCAUAUGCUACCCAAUGAAUCGGAUUUCCACAGAGACGUAUCCAACAGCAGCAAUGGUAGCAGAGCAAGAACUCGAUCCCCCACCAAAACUACACGACGAUAG